ACCCGCCUCCUGAUGCCAUUGGCUCGUUCACACCCAAAACCUGCUUCUGAUUGGAUAGCAAAUGUGUCACGCAGUGGACGCGGCCUCUAUACCGUGCGUCAAGAAUCGAAACCAAAAAUGCUUCAGAAGCUACAACAAAGGAGAACUUGGCGUUGAUAACAUAGCGCGAACGAUAAAUCACUGCUCCUUAUAUUCGAAUGAGGAAGAGCAGAAUUGCUCCCGUAGUCCUUUGGUUUCAUAAAUGAAAUGGCGGGAGGUACAAGGCAGCAGAAGGGAUAGUGUGUGACAGGAGAAUCGGGGGCUGACAGCGGGAUGGCCCACUUUGACACAGAGUACCAGCGCCUGGAGGCGUCCUACAGUGACUCCCCUCCCGGAGAAGAGAAUCUGCUGGUGCAUGUUCCAGAGGGAUCCAAAUCUCCAUGGCACCACAUUGAAAAUCUGGACCUUUUCUUCCAGAGAGUCUAUAAUCUACAUCAGAAGAAUGGAUUUACUUGUAUGCUGCUGGGAGAAAUAUUUGAGCUUGUGCAACUGGUGUUUGUGGUGGCAUUCACAGUGUUCCUGGCUAACUGUGUGGACUAUGACAUCCUCUUUGCCAACAAGUUUGUUAAUCACACUGAUUCCUCAAAGGUUACGCUUCCUGAUGCAUUUCUUCCAGUGGAUGUGUGCAGUGCUCGGAUCCGUGACAGUGUUUUGGUCAUCUUCAUCCUUAUCAUAUCAGGGGUCUUUUGGCUCCACCGUCUCGUCAAGUUUAUCUACAACAUCUGUUGUUACUGGGAGAUCAGAUCGUUUUACAUCAACGCCCUAAAAAUGUCCAUGACGGACCUUCCUUAUUUCACCUGGCAGGAGGUGCAGGGAAGGAUUAUUGAGAUACAGAAGGAGCACCAGAUUUGCAUCCACAAAAAAGAACUGACAGAGCUGGACAUCUACCACCGCAUACUGCGUUUUAAAAACUACAUGGUCGCAAUGGUCAAUAAGUCACUCCUACCCGUGCGGUUUCAUUUGCCUCUGCUGGGCGACACUGUUUUUUACACUCGUGGUCUCAAGUAUAACUUUGAGUUGAUUUUCUUCUGGGGCCCUGGAUCUCUUUUUGAAAACGAGUGGAGUCUGAAGCCUGAGUACAAACGUGGAGGGAACCGUUUGGAGCUAGCGGAUCGUCUGAGCUCAAGGAUCUUGUGGAUUGGAAUUGCCAACCUUCUCUUGUGUCCAGUUAUCCUGAUUUGGCAGAUUCUGUAUGCGUUCUUCAGCUACACUGAGGUGAUCAAGCGGGAGCCGGGAAGUCUGGGUGCUCGAUGUUGGUCCCUGUAUGGCCGUUUUUACCUCCGACACUUUAAUGAACUAGACCAUGAGCUGAUGUCACGCCUCAGCAAGGGCUACAAGGCCUCCUCGAAGUACAUGAACUGCUUCAUGUCACCAUUACUGACGGUGGUGGCUAAGAACGUGGCGUUUUUUGCUGGCUCCAUACUAGCAGUUUUGAUCGCUUUGACCAUUUAUGAUGAAGAUGUAUUGGCUGUCGAACACGUGCUCAGCAGUAUUACAUUACUUGGGAUCUGCGUCACAGUCUGCAGGUCUUUUAUCCCAGACAAGCAUAUGGUGUUCUGCCCAGAACAGCUGCUUAAAGUGAUCUUGGCACACAUCCAUUACAUGCCUGAUCAUUGGCAGGGUAAUGCCCACCGUUAUGAGACCAGAGACGAGUUCGCACAGCUCUUUCAGUACAAGGCUGUGUUUAUUCUUGAGGAGCUGUUGAGUCCUGUCAUCACUCCCUUCAUUCUAAUCUUUUGCUUGCGGCGUAAAUCUCUAGAGAUCAUAGAUUUUUUCCGAAACUUUACUGUGGACGUGGUCGGUGUGGGCGAUACUUGCUCUUUUGCACAGAUGGAUGUCCGUCAACAUGGUCAUCCUGCGUGGAUGUCUGCUGGGAAAACAGAGGCCUCCAUCUAUCAGCAGGCAGAAGACGGGAAGACUGAACUGUCACUCAUGCACUUUGCUAUCACAAAUCCACACUGGCAGCCCCCUCGGGAGAGCACGCAUUUCAUCAGCCUUCUGAAAGAGAAGGUGCACCGCGAGGCCGCCACAGGACAGCAGGGAAUCAUAGCAGAGAAUUCUGCAUUUACCUCAACCCAUUCACUACAGUCUGAUUCAGAGCCUCGCAGUCUUAUUGCAAAUCUCCUGAUGGGACCCCCUUCCCUGGCCUCGCUGCAUCUGGGUCGAGAGGGCUCCAUCAAUCCUGUGUCCAUUGGAGUGAGUGAGGGGGCAUCCGCCCUCCGAUCCCUCUCUCCUGUCAGCACGAGUCUACACCUGCGGGGCAGCUACCCAUCUGCCAGACUGCCACGACCUGACCAUCCAGCUGUGGUGGCUGGGAGAGCAAUGGCAGGCUCAGGCACUGAUGCCCGUACCAUCAGCUCUGGCAGUAGCGCCUGGGAAGGCCAGCUGACCAGUAUGGUCCUAUCAGAAUACGCCUCCACAGAGAUGAGCAUUCAUGCCCUCUACAUGCAUGAGAUGCACAAGCAGCAGUCGCGAGGUGAGGUGUCUCGACACACCUGGCACAGACAGGAGAGUGACGAGAGCAGUGAGAGUGUCAAUGAGGACAUGGAAGCCGCCCGCACCUUCCCCCGUUCCAGCACUUUCCCAACCACCUCACACCAGGCGGGGGCAGCACAGCAUAGCGGCAGCCAGCGGCGCUAUGGCGGAACCUCAGAUCCUGUUUCUGGAAGCUUCCGAGCUCAGAGACCGCCUCGUAUGCCUAUGGGUGGCUGGUCUGAGGAGAACCAAAUGAGCAGACAUCACGAUCCAGUGCCCGAGGAGGGGUCUGAGGACGAGCUACCACCACACAUCCAUAAGGUGACUUAAUAGGUGUAUCGUAGAUGAAGUACUCGAGAGACUCACAGCAUCCAUUUACUUUUGGACACUGAUU